AUGAAAGUUUUUAUUGUGGGCGUUCUUCUUGUCGGUGUUGUUCUAGCGAUUGAUGAUAAGAAAGAUUCUGUGAGAAGCAAGCGAGAUUAUGACUUUAGAUAUAGAUACGAGCCUCUUGCAGCUUAUCGUGAAACAACUGUACGUUAUCCUAUAACUUAUGGUUUUGACACAAUUGAUCAUCCACCGCCUGUGAAGUCUGCUGCAAUCACGUCCCUUAUUUCACCAGCAUAUCAUGCUCCACUCACUGCAGCAUAUCAUACGCCAAUCCUUCCUGUUUCUAAAGUAACAUCAUCUCUAGUCAGUACAAAUAUUCAUCAUUUUCCUUCACAUGCACCAUUCAUUGCUUCUUCUCCUUUUAUUCAUGCACCACCAGCAAUAAUUCAUUCACCACUUAUCGCAACUUUCCACAGAUGA